GAUCCCUGAGGUUAUGAUCGACCACAGUGCGUGCAGGACCUCAAAGCGUCCGGACGCUCCCCUCUGCAGACAGGACUGCCCUGCCUCUUUAAACCAUUCCACAGCUUGAAGCAUGCUGCGCGCUCUGCGUAAAGGUUAGGGAGGGCAUAUCACUGCCGGACACCCCUUGUUGUCCAGAACCCUUGGGUCGCGCUUUGUUGGCCACUUCUUUUGCCAAUAUAUCUCCAGAAAUCCUGAAAAUGGAUCCUUUGCAAAAUGGGAAUAACUGUGAAGAGGACUUGCAGUGUGCUGAGGAGGAAGAGGAGGUGGAUCCAAGAAUCCAGGGAGAACUGGAGAAGUUAAACCAGUCUACAGAUGACAUUAACCGCUGGGAGAGUGAGCUGGAGGACUGUCGGCAACGGUUUCGGGCGGUGCUGGUGGAAGCAACAGUGAAGCUGGACGAGCAGGUGAAGAGAAUUGGACGAGCUGUGGAUGACUCCAAACCGUACUGGGAAGCCCGCAAAGUAGCAAGACAGGCCCAGAUUGAAGCCCAGAAGGCCACUCAGGAGUUCCAGCGGGCAGUUGAGAUUCUACGGGCUGCCAAAGAGACCAUCGCCCUGGCAGAGGAGAGGCUGCUGGAGGAGGACAGUCGCCAGUUUGACUCGGCCUGGCAGGAAAUGCUCAAUCAUGCUACACAAAGGGUGAUGGACGCCGAGCAGACCAGAACACGGAGUGAGGCAGAGCACAGAAAAACAGCAGCAAAUUACAAUUCCUGCAUCAGCCAUAUGAGGCAGCUCGAGAAGAAACUAAAGCGCACAAUCAACAAAUCCAGGCCGUAUUUUGAACUGAAAGCCAAGUAUUACCUACAGCUUGAGCAACUGAAACGCCAUGUGGAUGAGCGCCAGGCCAAACUUGUGGUUGCCAAAGCAGAGUAUCGCUCUGCACUACGCAACCUGGAGACAAUCUCUGAAGAGAUCCAUGCUCAGCGACGGUCCCUUGCCAUGGGAACCAGGGGGCAGGGAGUUGGCGCGGAGGGAGAUGGAGCGGAUGAGGACAUCACCAACUUUAAAAUGGAGUCAGAUGGUCUCUCAAUGGUGUCCGUAUCAAUUGACGAAGAGGGCAAUCACAAUAGCAGCUCAGAAGAGGAGACCGACACUCACUCCACCUCCUCUCCACGAGCUGUGCCUUCCUCAUCCACUACGUCCUCCUCUCAUCUUUCCAUGUCAGCCUCAUCCCCCCUGGACGUGACCUGCCCUUAUCCCUCCUCCUCACUCUUCACGCCAGGCUCGUACCUUUCCUCCCCUCCCUCGCCCUCUGUCCUCUCCACCUCCUGUCCUGAUGGCCUGGAGUUAGUGAACUCCUCUAGCUCUCAUGACCCAGACUUGUUGUGUGGUUCUGGGAAUACCUCACCUCUCCUGGGCCCUCGCAGCCAGUGCAGUGGAGCUUCCUCUCCAGACUGCGACCAGGAGAGAGGUGACAGAGCAGAAGGAGCCGAGGCGGCACUAGAAGCUGGUUUGAACAAGCUAACUUUGACUGUAGUGAAAAAGCAAGAAGAGAACUCUGGGGAAGAACAAGACCCCCCCUACAUGAACUCUGACAUUUCUUCUUCCAGUCCUGCCACAACCAUUCUAUUACUAAACAGUGUCUGAAGAACAUCUGUCAUACUCAAAACUCUCAGCAUGCACAGCUUCAAGCCUCAAACUGACCUGUGGCAGAAUAUGUGGAGCAGACUGAAGUGAAGAGAGCAAGCUGCACAUCAAACCUAACAUCAUAUCUCCAUAUUGUCUGAACAUCAAAUUGUGUCAUAUUAAAGGUGCUACACAUAGUGUAUUUGAAUAUCAGUAUUGUCUUCCAAAAAGUAAACUAUGAACUCGUGUAUUGUAAACAAAUGUGUGCGGGUACAAAAGAAUUGGUUCCUAUUGGUAAUAACUGUGA